CAGAGAACCAGGAGACAAAGCCGAGCGAAGCAGAGGUAGACGCUCAGGAAAGGGGAAAAGCAGGGGAGGGCAGGGAGACUUUUUCCUUUUUUUUUUUUUUUUGGAGUCCCGUUAUUAUUGGUAAAGCUGAGCUGGAGUCAGAGCGAGAGGGAAAGAGAGAGAGAGAGAGAGAACAGAGAGGAGAGAAAGCCGACGAUGACAGCGUUCGUCCUUCUCCGACUCAGUUUUGUGACCGACUGACGGACAGCACCAGCAGCCGAAGAGGAAACUUGAGAUAAUCCCACCGGGAAACGACACCUGAAGCUUGUGCCAGACUGAUUGAACAGAAAAAUUGGAUGAAGCAAAGCCACCUGGGAAAAAUCUAUGGACUAUGAGGGUGUUCGAGUCUCCGCGGGAACCUGAAUGAGAUGCUACACAAGGGAGGAGACAGGGGGAGAGAAGAAAAACAGCUCGCGGAGGCUUUGUGAGAUAGACGGAGAUAUCGGACCGCAUUGACGGAAAAGGAGGAAGUGAUUGACACCUGCCCUCCAGCUCAGUGUGAAGGGCAAAGGAUGGGAGAGUGAGGGGAGGGGGAUGAGGUGAAAACAAAAGAGAAUGAAGACAGUCAGAAAACAAGAGCUGCCUUAUUACAUCCCCUGUGCGAAUUAGAACGUCCCUCAACAAGGCAAGAUGAUUGCAAGAAAUCUUCUCCUGUUGGUGUUCUUGUCCCUUUGGGAGGUUCUUUUGGGAGGAGCCUCGGCGAGCAAGGUGAUACGCAGGAGAGGAGUGGCCGGGUCGCACAUGGCGAGGCGAGGGGAGAGCAAACCAGCAGACCAAUGGGACGGCGGCGAGGAUUCAAACACAAUGCCCAUGGUCACGUUGAGGAACCUGAUAAGUCACGAGCAGCUGAGCAACUCCAGAUUCCCUUACGCCAAAAUUGUUUUGAGUAACAAAGAGAGGCAAUCCAUCAAGCCCAAGCGCGAGGUCGACUCCGUCAGUAGAAAAGACGGGAUGCCGACUAUGUUGUCCAGCAACAAGGCAUUGAACCUGGAGAUGAGUAGAGUUAAAAACAGCACAAGAAGCGCAGAGACUUCCAACACGGUGAGGUCGGAGAAAUCGUUCGUCCAUCACAAGGCGGACAUGCAUUCCAAUAAAACCAGGAUAAAAUCCGGCUCAAGGUCCAGGAGCAGGCCCGAUUUGAGCUCUCACACCACAGGUAUGCCCGGGAAAGGGUUCAGCAUCGAUUCAAGCAGAAAGCUCAACCUCACUGGUAGUUACGGCGUGCUGAAGCUGCUGUCAAAAGAGAACUUAGUCAGGAUUGUCAAUUCCCAAAUGCAGAAAGUUCCCGGCCUUGGCUUUCCGAGCAAGGGCAGCCGGAGCAGGAAGAGAGACUUGAUUGACGUUAAUCACGAGCAAUUAGAGACUCAGAAGGAGCAGAGACAAGAUAUGGCUGCCAUUCAGCCUCACACUGGAUUCGAUAAUCAGACCGCAUUUCCAUAUGCGAGCACGGUUACCAGCCCAGAUCUCUACCCCCGCCAGAACGCCGCUACUCAUAUUAAUCUACCGAGCGACGCCAAGCCGGCUUUAAGCAAAGGGCAAGACAGCUUGGGAACACCGAGCUCUGACGGUGGUGAUAACAAGAGCAAACACCUCGCUCGUUCCCUGUCGACACCUCGCAGCGAGGUCGGCCUCGGCCUCGAGAAAGAGGCGAUAAGCAGCCAAACAGAGCCGCCGUUUACAUCGACGAAGCGUCUCCCUGUGUAUGUUCUUCCAGAAACAAACGAUUCUCCUCCAUCUGUGCUGACGAUGCAACCCCUGGGAGCAAGAGGAGGGAACAGAGCAGCAGAUUCCCGCAGAGACCCAUUAACAGAGUCAGCUCGCGCCGCUAAAACCGAUCCCGGCACGGCGAAGUUUCUCACAGAUGAAGACUACAAACUUGUCAACAGCAGCCAUGUCCUGAGGCUCCAGCCCGCUCCCAAGUGGAGCCACGGCGCAAAAGAAGCCGAAAUCCAAGCCGCUGACCCGGUAAAUCAAAACGGCCUCGUGUUCGAAGAGGCGUCUGAGUCGGACGCGGAGCGGGAGGUGCAGCGGCCUGUGGAGGGGAGGCGGUCACGCUCUCGCAGCAGGAGGAGCUGGAUCUGGAACCAGUUCUUUGUGAUCGAAGAAUAUGCCGGCCCAGAACCUGUGCUCAUUGGACGGCUCCACACUGACAUGGACAGGAAUGAUGGCCGCACCAAGUAUAUCCUGCGAGGUGAGGGGGCGGGCUCGGUGUUCGUGAUCGAUGAGAAAACGGGCAACAUUCACGUCACCAAGCCCCUGGACCGGGAAGAGAAGGAUGAGUACCGUCUCAUCGCCACGGCCACCGACAGGCAGACCGAACGUGCCCUGGAGCCGUCGUCACAGUUCAUAAUUCGGGUGCAGGACAUCAAUGACAACCCUCCCGUCUUUGAUGAAGGCCCCUACAGCGCAACGGUGGCUGAGAUGGCAAAUAUAGGCACGUCCAUAAUCCAGGUGACAGCGACAGAUGCUGAUGACCCGACAUACGGGAACAGCGCCAAGCUUGUGUACACACUGGUGCAGGGCCAGCAGUACUUCUCCGUCGAUCCCCAGACAGGGAUUUUGCGCACAGCGAUCCCUGAUAUGGACAGGGAGACCCAGGACCAGUACCUCGUGGUCCUUCAGGCCAAAGACAUGGGGGGCCACCUGGGCGGAUUAUCCGGGACCACCACCGUCACUGUGAAGCUCACGGACGUCAACGACAACCCUCCCCGUUUCACCCAGAGCACGUGGUCCUUCUCCGUUUCCGAGCUCGCCAUCCCCGGCGCCGAGAUCGGACGCAUCUCCGCGACCGAUGCCGACCUCGGCGAGAACGCCAAGCUGGAGUACACCAUCCUGGAGGGGGAGACGGGGGAGACCUUCAACAUCACGGCCAUGAGCCAGGAGGCGGUCAUCACCCUCAACAAGCCUGUAGACUAUGAGAGCCGGAAAUCCUAUUCCUUCUCAGUGGAGGUCCUGAACCCCAUAGUGGAUCCUCGUUUUCUACGCCGUGGCCCCUUCAAAGACAGAGCUUCAAUCCGAGUGGCUGUGCUAGACGCUGAUGAACCCCCGAGGUUCUCCCGAUCCAAAUACCACAUGGACGUGUCUGAGAACUGCCCACCAGCCUGCACCGUGGGCCGGGUCAGCGCCGUAGACCCCGAUACCGGUCUGACUAAUAAUAUCAGAUUCUCAAUAGACCCUCAGUCGGAUCCGGAGGCCCUGUUUCGUAUCAGCCCAGAGACCGGCCUCAUCACCACGGCGAUGGAGCUGGACCGCGAGCGGGAGCACUGGCACAACAUCACUGUCAUCGCCAGCCAGAGAGACAAUCCCAGCCAGGUGUCCAGAGUUGUGGUCGGAAUAGAGACGUUAGAUCUCAAUGACAACGCUCCCGUGCUCGACAGGCAAUACUCCACGGCCUUGUGCGACUCAUCCAACGCUGGCCAGGUGGUGCAGGUGUUGCGGGCGAUUGAUAGAGAUGAGGGAGGGAACGACAGCACCGUGUAUUUCAGCAUCCCUCCAGAAUCCGGCGUUGCCCUCAACUUCAGCGUCAGAGACAGUGGUGGCCCCACAGCCAGCCUGGUGCUGCUGUCCCAGCUCCAGCCGUUAUCCCGCUCCCCAUCCUCCACCUUGACGUUGUACGUCCCGCUCGUCCUCAGGGACGGGACGUCGGGCCUCACCAGCACGGGGACGGUCACCGUGUCUGUCUGCCCCUGCCUGAGGGGAGGAGCCCGCGCCGAGGAGAAGGACAAGGAGACAGAGGGAGAUUCGGACUGGGAGAGAGAGGCAGUGUGUUUGCCUCAGCAGUCCAUGCUGCCCUCCCCGGGGCUCAGCACUGCCGCUCUGCUGGCUAUCCUGGCUUGUGUUGCUACGCUACUGGCAGUGAGCGCCCUGUCGCUGUCGCUGCGCCGUCAGAAGAGGGACUCCCUGUCGCCGCUGGAGGAGGAUGACGUGCGCGAGAACAUCAUAACCUACGACGACGAGGGCGGCGGGGAGGCCGACACGGCCGCCUUUGAUAUCGCCGCGCUCCAGAGCGCGCCGCACAGCUCCCGCUCUCGAGGCUAUCGCACGCUAGACAGCAGGAAUGUGCGUUACACCCAGCAAGGUCAAGACAAAGGUCGCAACUACGCCUGGCCCCAGAAUCCAGGUGUGGACAGCUACUCGGCACCAGGAGGACCCCUUUACGGUCGCCUCUGCUACAGCAGCCACACCCUCCCGGUUCUCCGCCGUACACCAGGUGGAACCUUCGAUCCGGGCCUGGCGGAGCUGGCGUACCGUAUUCCCGGAGUCCAGCCGGACCACUCCCUGGUCAUCCAGAACCAAGGCGCCAUGGUCGGGCCUAUGGAGUCGGGGGCGGUGUACGUAGCGCCCACAGACCUCAGCACAGGGAGCCGAACGGGCAGUCGCACCGGCAGCCGUGAUGGGACGGCGCCGCAAAGCGGAGUAAGCACGUCGGACGGAGGGACUCCGAGGACUAGCGACAGUCAGGAGAGAGGAGGCGGGACGGGACCGGGAAGCAGCUGCAUGGACGGAAGUAAUGAGGACAAAAGUAAUCACAAUCAGGAUCUGGACUGGGUGCAGUCAGAGACGUUGCCCAGGGAGCACAGCCUCGUUAUGACCCGCUCUGGCUCUUUGAUGGGUCAGGGUCACGCCGUCGGAGGCUGGGUUUGUGACUCGGCGACCCUCCCCAUGGCCGGGCGCAGGGCCUCCCGCUCCGGCCCGUCCCCGAAGCGCACCGGCCCCGGCCUGCCCGAACACGACCCCAGCGGGGAAGGAGGAGGAACCGAAGGGGGAGGAGGGGAGCGGGGACGAGGAGUUGGGAACGCUUCCAGAGACGGACAAUCAGUCGGCGGACGCAACUACGCCACUGUCCUCCAGGGGGAGGUGCCUGGAAAGAGGGACUACACCAGCAGCCUGGGGAGAGGGGGCCUGGAAAUGGGAAGCAACUUUGUGGUGGCGAGACCGGACAGGGAGAACGGAGGAAUCCCGCUGACCGGAACGCCGUCUGUCUUCUCGGAGGCAGCUGGAUUUAUGGGGGACUGGCGAGAGCAGAUGGGUUUAGGGGGGUACGUUUUGGGCAGGAGGGACAUGAGCCCCCAGCUUUUACCCUUCCCGGGGCAGCCGAGGGGAACGCUAGGGGGAGUGAUGGGCUAUGGGCCCGGCUGGGUUCCUGGGAUGGAGGCAACGAGAGGGCCACAGGGGCCCGGCGGUCCCUCCUUGGCACUCAGGGUGGGUGAGUUCCUACGCCUGCGUCUCGCCCAGGUCACUUUCGACCCUUCUCAGCCGCCGUACGACUCUGUGCAGGUGUACGGCCUGGAGGGGACAGGAUCCAGAGCCGGGUCCCUCAGCUCACUGGAGAGCGACGGCGAGAAGGAGGAUUGGGGCGUGGGGCUCGAAGACUGGGGCCCUCAGUUCCAGAAACUAGCCCAGCUCUUUAAAAACAGAGAGAAAGCUAGAGAAGAUCAAGAAAAAGUUGAAGAAGUUGCCAAAAAGGAGAGAGAGCAGAAGGAAGAGUCUGACAAAACAGAGAAAAGAGAGGUGGAGGAAGCAAGAGAUGAAGGGAAAGACUGAGGAGAGCAAAAAAAAAAAAAACGGGAAAUCAGUGGGGGCAAAGGAGGCAGUAAGGAAGGGUAGGUGAUGAAAAGGCAACUAGAUGUAGAAUAAUGUGAAGAGAAGUUAAAGGAGAGAAAGAUGAAGAGGCAAAGUAAUAAAAAGAGACAGAGAAAAAUGAGCCAAGGGAGGAUGGAGAAUGUGAGGGCAGGAGAGGGAGUGAUUGAUGUAAUUUAAAGCAAUAAGUGUUGAAACGCUGAUAUGGUUGAGCACAGAUACCGAGACAAUGCGGAGGCUGCAUGGGCUCGGGGCAGCAACAAUUUGUUAAACGCUCUGGACAAAGAAAAACAACCCAAACAUCCCAGACUCGAUUUAAUUCAGCCCGCACGUAUGGAAUGAGAAUUAGCAGGAAAACAAGGAGAAAGAAAGAUGCUACUUGUUGUAUGCGUGUGGGUGUGUGGGUGUGUUUGUGUGAGAGAGAAAGUCUGGCUAUGUAAGAACAAGUGGAUUAUUCAGACACACCAGUCUUCGUGAGCUUAAGUGUGAAGAAUUAAAUAAAGAUAAAAAAGAGAAAGAGAUGAGGAGUAGAAAUCAAAAUACCCAGGGACAAUUUAAAGAGAAGAAUAAGAAGUAGUGCUGCACAGGCGACGGUGUUGGUAUUUGGAAUGAUGCGCAGACGGAGUCGGAAAGUGGAAAAACACACAAAAUGGCCGGAAGGGUUUCUGGGAUGAAGAGGGACCGGGAUGGUGGGAAUGUAUAGCGUCAGAAAUGAUCUCAUAAUGAAGCGAUUGUACAGCGAACUAUUACUUUUUAUUCCUUCUGCUGGGGCAGAAAAGUGAAUAAUUCAGCUUGCUUCUCCAUUCCAAAUGAAAAUGAUGAAUCAUUUAAGUCCCUCCAAAAGAUUCCAAACCUCCUUUGAGUCACAGUAAAACAGACAUUGUGAAAAAUUUAAACCAUUGAAGGAUGUUGUCCCCCACUCUCCCAACACCACCGCCCCGUCUCACGCCCCCAACCUUUUGUAGUCGAGUGUUGAUAUGUUUACAGAGAUUUUACACACCGACACGUCCCAACAAGAAGGACUGAAUAAAGUAAAGCAUUGAUUGUACUAAAACAAGGUGAUCCACAGUACCUUCAAAAGUAUUUAUUUUCUCUCUUGAAUCUUUUACAUUUUGUCACACUGUAACCUUCUAACCUAAGAAAACUUGAACAUUCGGCAACACAACGUAGUGCAUACCGACGAGGUGGAAGGAUUUAAAAUGUUUUCCAUGCUCCCAUUAACUCUGACCACCUUACAAGUUUGCUGGAAGAAGCAUCUCCACAGCAUGAUGCAGCCACUACCAUGUUAAACAGGAGAAAUGAUGCACAUUCUGUGGUGGUUUUCUGCCCCAUAAGCUAUUGUCCUUGCUAAUGCUAACUGUCAUUUGUGCCCAUAGUAAAUUUUCUAUUGGCCACUGUCCAGUAAAGUAAAUUGAAAUUGAGUGCCCCCACAUAUAGCUUAAACCCUAACAUUUGUCUAAUAUUGCUAUGGCUAAAGAAAUCGACGUUGGUGUUUGAGAUGGAGCUUGAAAUUUUUCCCAAACUAAAGUACACAUUUUCAGUUUCGUAAAAGGACUGCAUUUGAUCGCCUAUUGUCCCAAAUGUACAAACAGUUCGAUUUGGCACAACUGAGCUGUUCUACACUAAAUACCACCUGUUUAAACAGUGUGUGUUUGCUUACUUGUGUGUGUUGGUUGAUGGGGAGAAUGUCAAAGAAGGCCUACUGAUGUUAAAUUUGACAUCAGGGGGAUGUUGACUAUAUAGGAGACUUAUGAAGUCAAUCCACUUGAUUUUAUUUAAGGAUGUCCAGUUAAAGGGGUUGAAUAAACUGAAACCAAAUUGUUCUGAUUUUCAAUUGUAACACAACAUUUUUUUAAAAAACUAAAUCCCAUUCUUUCCGCUUUACAACUAUGCACUACUUUGUGUCAGAUUUUCUUUUUAAUUUGCCAAUUCGUUCAUACAAAACAAACAUUGCAGACUAGCGAACAGAAGUAUUGACCUACAAAAUAAUUAAUUACAUAUGAGAACAAAAGGGAAAAAAAGAACAAAUAAAGGGUACAAAUUAAAAUGGAUACAUUCAGGACAAAGACAAAACACAGAAUGUAACCAAGUGGUGUCACAACAAAGUCAAUUGAGUCCCACUAAAAUAACUACCUAAGUCUAUUUUUUUCAAAAGUGAUUGUUGGAAAAGAAAAAUCAACACCUCUUUAAUAAUGCGAAAUAAUCAGUUUUGCCACAAAAAGAAAGACUUUGCUAUUAUUUUAUCAUUUACCAUAAAAUCCUUGAGGUUUGUGAUUGCGAUGUCCCAAAAUGUGAAAAGGUUCAGGGGUUAGAAAUACUUUUUCAAAGCGCUGUACAAGUAUUCAACUCACUUUUUAGAACGCUGGACAUUCAGUUGCCGAACAGUUUUACCUGUGAAGUCUGCUGUUUUCUUUCUCCUUUCUAUUUUCUGUGUCCCUCCAAAGCCGCCCUACGUAGUCUCACCGUACGCACCUUGAGGACCAAGUAUGAUUUCUGAUAACAAGUGGGGGAGGGGUAAUCGGUGCCGAUCACUUCCUUCUCUGGACACUUGUACUGCCUAAAUGAAAAACGUUCCACAAACCUUUUAAUUAAACGGUAGGGGCGCAUCAGCACAGAGACUCCCGCCGUAGGCCGUCGCGUUGUCAUCAAAGGUCAUAAUGCAAAUGAGUUUUGAGUUUUCAGCUGGAAUGCACUUUUCUACUGUACGAUGUUCAGUAACGGAUCAUGAACAAAGUCAACGAUAACACUUGUUUUAUAAGAUGUCGAUUAAAAAUAUAUACGUUGUUUGACUGUAUGUAAAAUCAUUUUAAAUGUAAAUACCACUGAAUAAUACUGCUGAAAGAGACUAUGAGAUUUAAAAAAACAAAAAAAACAAAAACACUUUUGUUUGGGGGAAAAAAAAAAGUAUAAUAAUAAUUUAGGUGUUCAAAUGGAGCACUGUCGGGACUAUAUGUAUGUAUUGUAGAUUAGAAAUCGAUCAACUGAGCUGGAAUAAAAGCAGCACCCUGUAUUUAACAUUUGUAAAUGGGUUCGUCAUGUGGUAGCUCUUCUCUCGACAAUGGACAAGCCGACCGUUCAAUUAUACAUGUGGCCUCUGGCAGACGCUUGUUGUGCAAAACAGUGGUGUAGUUACAGAGAAACCUGUUGGGAAGCCUGUCUCAGUGAACAACUCAUUUGAAAGAAACUGUGUACGUGGGGGUGUGUGUGUGUCCAUACACACACACACAAAUCUGUAUUUCAUUUCUAUUAUGCACUAAAAUGGAAUAUGUCAGUACUUGGUUCUGCCUGAGAGAGAUGGAGGUUUUAUAGAUACUUACCUCUCUUUGGGAAUUUAAUAAACUGUGAAUUAAGGGAAA